GACUUUUUAUUUACUUUGCAGCUUUGAUUAGUUUGUCCUUUGGAGGAGCAAUUGGGCUGAUGUUUUUGAUGCUUGGAUGUGCCCUUCCAAUAUACAACCAAUACUGGCCCCUCUUUGUUCUGUUUUUUUACAUCCUUUCGCCUAUUCCAUACUGCAUAGCAAGAAGACUAGUGGAUGAUACAGAUGCUAUGAGUAACGCUUGUAAGGAACUUGCCAUAUUUCUUACAACAGGCAUUGUUGUCUCAGCUUUCGGACUCCCUAUUGUAUUUGCCAGAGCACACCUGAUUGCGUGGGGAGCUUGUGCACUUGUUCUCACAGGAAACACAGUCAUCUUUGCAACUAUACUGGGCUUUUUCUUGGUCUUUGGAAGCAAUGACGACUUCAGCUGGCAGCAGUGGUGAAAGAAAUUAUUGAACUCUUAUCAAGUGGACUUGUCAUUUGUUGGCCAUCCAUGCACACAGGAGAUGGGGCAGCAAUGCUGAAUGGUAUAGCAAGCCUGUUGGGGUGUUCUAGAUACUCCCUUCUCCCUUUUAUUGUAAGCAUACUAUUUUCACAGAGACUUGCUAAAGGAUUAAAAGGAUUUUCUCUUUUGGAAAAAAAGCUUGACUGAUUUCACACUUAUCUAUAUAGUAUGCUUCCUGUGGUGUCCUGCUGAAUUUAAAUAUUUAUGUGUUUCUCUUGUUCAGUUUUUUUUUUAUUAAUAGGCAGUGUUAAAAAUUUUUUUAAUGUAAUAAUCAUUCGCAUUGGUUAGGAAUUAGAUUUCUGCUGGAUAUUACUGGGCUAAAGUAUAUCUUUUCUCUUAAGAUUAUUUAACCUUCAUUAUUACAAAAAGUUAUAAAAGUAAGUUUCAAUCAGUCAGGAUGACAUCACUCCCAAUUUUAUGCAAACAUUCGGACUGUUGGCAUACCUUAUAGACUAUAUACUCAGUACGUAUAUAGCUGCAUUUAUACCUCAGAAGGGCCAAGCAUUAAUGCCCGUGCUGAUUUUGCCAGUAAGCAGAUGUUUUGUGAAUUGAAAAUUAUUUUAUGGAAUUGCUACAAAGGAGUGCUUUUCUUCUCAAUUGUUUGAAGAAUUUUUUUGUUAAACUUUAAGGUAAGGGUGUAAAAACAGAUUUUUGAGAUGUGGUUUUUAUUUAUGUUUAUGAUAGUUAAAGAGUUGCAUUGUGGAAAGAAACGAUGUUGAAAUUUCAUUUUUUGAGUCCUGUUUCUAUUUAUAAGGGAAAUUUUUUAUCUUUUAUCAGCCUUUCAUAUUUUACCAUAGGUAAAAUGGACAUUUGUGGAACUACUACUGAUAUGGGAAAGAUGUUUGCAUCACAUAUACAGAAAACCUUUCCCUGCUCCCUCCUUUUAACUUAUUUUAUACAGUGAAUAUAGUAAGUAAAAUAACUUCAAAUAUAGUUUAAUAACACUUUAAAUCAGAGGUGUUUAACUCACCUGGAAAGAAAUUGCUAUGCCAUACAUUCAGAGUGCCCCCUGCCCCACAAGGCCUUGGCAUGAUUAACAAGUGACUUGUUAAUCCUGCAGAUAAUUCAUGCAUUAACAAUUUAACAUUUAGACGAUGGUAAUAGUAGUUCUUAUUCUCUAAUGUUAUAUGUAAUUUAAAACUAUUUAAGACAAGUUUCCUGUAUACCUUUCAAUUGUUUUCAUUUUUAUUUCAUCACGAUAGAGCUGCUGUUUCCUUUUAAAUGGCAUUUAUUGUGUGAAUUAAUGCAAAGUAGCCAAAUCCAGCUUCAGACACAAACCCAACUGAAAAUUCCCAGUAACCAGGCAUGAUCAGAUUGUAGUGGUUAUUUGCAGCUCACCGUUAUCAGUACUUUUUUCAGGAGCUAGUUAUGAAAAUGUUUAAAUUGGUCUGACAGUAUUUUGUUAAGGACAUUUGUUUGUAUAAUCAUUCAGUAUACUUUCAUAAAAAAUUGUCUUGCCUUCAGACAAAACUGAGUAAUCAUGACAGAUAUCUUUUGUUAUUUUAUAAAUUUUUCAAGAAAAUGGGAACAAAUUUUAGGUUUGGUCAUCUUUUUACUAAAGAUGCCUAAAGGCCACAGGUUUAUACAGCGGCACCCAAGUUGUUACUUUUAGCUGUGAGAUGGGAAGCAGAAUGAAAUAUCUGCAUGUAGUUGUCCCAUUUACAUAUUAGGCUGAAGAUGGCUUACAGUAGUGCUGUAGCCUUAAAGAGGAAGGUACAGCUUCACAUGAAUUAGCUGGUGAAACCAUUGGGAACUCAGUGCCUGUAAUCUCGAUUUUUUUUGGCAGGAAGUACAUUCUUUAGUCAUUCCCCAUUUUCUGUUCUAGAAUGUCAGUACAGUGCACUGCAACUGUUUUAGUCACUUGGCCAUAGACUCCUUUUCUAACAGCUGCAUAUUCUUUCUGUAUACUGAUUGCAUUGGCGGCAUUGUGUCUUUGAUCUUGCACACUAGCUUGACAUAGUGCUGUCUUUGAUUUCUAAGCUAGUUACUUGAGGUAUGAAUUUUCCAUAGAACAUGCACUGAUACUUCAUUGCCAUUAUUCUAUGGAAAGAAAACUUUUGAUGAUGAAACAAUAAAGAUUUUAAAUAUC